AUGAAUUCUCUAUGUGAAAAUUGCAAAACCAAUGAGCCAGCAACCAAUGAAGAUGGCUCAACUGCAGUACUUUGUAGAAGCUGCAUGGAAAAGCUUCGGAUAAGAUCACCAACUAGGACUAUGAGUAUGAUAGUAGAUGUCCCUCUGCCAGAUAUAAAAAGCCUUAUUGAAAAUGUUGAAAGAAUGUCUUUGGAUCCAAUUGGGAUCCGACUAAAAGAAGAAAUGAAAAAAAUCGCUAAAUUCCAAAAGCAAGUGAUAAGCGAGAUUGAAAAAAACGCAGAAAAAAUGAUAAAAGAGUUGACUUGACAAAGGAAUCAGCUGAUCCAGCACACUAAAGAAGAAUGCAUUAGUAAAGUAUUAGAAUUAAAAGCACUAAUUGAAGCCAUGCAAGGCAAUCACAUUGAGCCUACCAAAAGCAGAAGGAGCUCGAAAAUAAUGAGAGCGCCUCCUCAGCUGUCCUUAAUCGAGUUCCAUAAAGAUGUACAAUUUAUUAAAAACAAUUGAAUUAACUUGAAUACUAUUUCCAUUUUGUGGACUAUUGAAGGGUUAGGAACCCUUUUGGAAUCUAAGGUCAUAAAUCAAAAAGUUAUUGAAAAUUAUUAUCAAAAUAUUUUGUCACAGGAAUCUCAAUUUACUCACCCCCCAAAUUAAAUUUGAACAAAACAUAGUUCUUUAAUCCCUUAAAUUGGAAUAAAAUAUUUUUCAAUAGGAAAUUUAUACGCAAAAUACCAAUUUUGAUAAAAUUAGUUUGACCUAACUUAACGGAAAAAGUUCAAGCAGAAAUAUUAUUUAAAUAGUUAAAGACUGAAAAGUUUAUUUUUAGAAUAAAAAUAAAUAAAAAUUCAAAAAGAUUGGUUUCAAUUUAUAAUUUGUUAGAUUCAAAAAAAAAUAUUUAAAAUUUAAUAUAAAGUUUAUUUAAAAAAAAAAAUAACCUCCCUUUAAAUUGGAGCAGGAUUUUUGGUUCCAUUUAAAGGUGGAGUGUCAACAGAUGAUGUUAAAUAGGAAAUUAGGAGAUGAUGGAGCAAGAGAUUUGUCACAAAUUUUGCCUUUUUUUGCAAAUUUAACGACUUUAUGUUUUAAUUCUAAUUGCAUUGGUAUAAGAGGAGCUAAGUUUUUAGCGCUAGGAAUUGGACAUUUAAAAAAGCUGGCUAAGCUGAGUAUUAAUAAUGAUAAGAUGAAAGAAGGGAUUGUGGCUAUAAUUAGGGUGCUUCCAAGGCUCAAUAACAUGCUAGACCUCUAUUUGAAUUGUGGGACAUUCCUUGAGAAAGAGGCCGAAGAUGUCGGCAUUGCUUUAUCUUUUGCCCCACAGCUUAGAAAUCUUACUUUAAUUGGAGGGCUUUUAUCAGAAGGUGGAAUGAUUAGAAUUAGUUAUGGGCUGGAGUGCUUAAGCUUACUUUCUAUUUAUUCUGAGUUAAAUUGAUACCUUUCUAGCCCUAUUAUUAUUGAUUUUAAAUUUAAUUAUUAUAGCAUAAUUUAGACUUAAGCGGAAAUUGUAUUGGGUCUGGAGGUGCAAAAAUCCUUACUACCCCCCCCUCCGUGAGUGUGAACAAAAAAAAUUUUGUUCACUCACGGAGGGGGGUUAAUUUUACAAAAUUUAUAUAUAAAUUUUAUAAAAAAUAUUGUUUUUCGAAAUUAAAAAAUCUCUAAUUCGCAAAAAUUUGAAAGCAAAUAUUAAUUUAAUUUAUAAAAUUAUGUUUUAAAAAAGCAAUUAGUUUGAAAUUAAACAGAAUUAGCUCUAGAUUUCAUUAUACUAAUUAUCAUUUAUAUAUCAAAAUUUUUUUCGAUAAAAAUUCUUUCUAUUAAAAAAAUUUUUGUUCACUGACGAGGGUGGGUUUUUGGGCAAAAAAUAGGGAUUUUUCUAAUGGUUUGUGUUCACUCACGGAGGGGGGGGAGUUAGUGAAGUGCUACUUAAAUUAACAAAUUUACGGUCGCUCAAAUUAUCGUCAAACAUGCUUUUAAAAGAAGGCAUCGCUGAAGUCUCCAAAGUAAUUCCAGAGCUCCCCAAACUAGAAGAGUUAUCAUUAAAUUCCAACGCAAUGGAAGACGCUGGAGCCAUUGAGCUUUCCCUUGGUCUCCAGCUAGUCCCAAAUUUAAAAAUUUUAGAAAUUCAAGACAACGAAAUAUGUGAUGUAGGAGCAUCACGAAUUGGUCAAUCACUUCAAAAUUUGCAAGCUUUAUCCCUUCUUAAUGCAUCCUGAAACCCUAUCGGAAACCGAGGAGCAACUGAUAUUUGUGCAGCUAUUUCGCAGCUCCCUGAGUUUGAAAAACUUAUCAUGUAUGGGAUUAUAGGAUCUCCUUCUCUUCCUAAAAAUAAAAUACCAGCAAAAUAUACACUGUAUACCUAA